GCCAAUGGCUCAUGGAAUUAUUCAUAGUCACCUCCCACGAGUCUUGGUUGUUCGUCCACCGGAAUCUUUCUCUCUUUACCAAUCACAAUACUCACACAAGUUCCAUUUCUUGAAAGCGUGGGAGACAUCACUAACGCUAGACCAAUUCUUGAGCACCCACGCGCGUAAUGUGCAAGCCAUGCUAAGCUGUGGCAUUUCCCCUAUCAAAGCUGACCUCCUCUGCCACCUUCCCUCACUGCGCCUUGUUGUCACCCCCAGUUCCGGCCUCAACCACAUUGACUUGUCCGAGUGUCGCCGCCGGGGAGUUGCGGUGGCCUAUGCCGGAAGCGUGGCUUCUUGCGACGUCGCCGAUUUGGCUGUUGGAUUGCUCAUUGACGUGCUUAGGAAAAUUUCAGUUGCUGAUCGAUAUGUUAAGCAAGGGCUUGGGGCUAGCAAAACAAGUUAUCCUAUUCCUCUCGGUUCUAAGUUGAAAGGCAAGCGAAUUGGGAUUAUUGGACUAGGAAGCAUUGGCCAAGAAGUUGCUACAAGGCUUGAGGCUUUUGGCUGCAGUAUCUCGUACAACUCAAGAAAGCAGAAACCGUCAUUUUCAUAUCCUUUCUAUUCCAGUGUUUUUGAACUUGCAACUAACAGCGAUGCCCUUGUCAUUUGCUGUGGUUUAAGUGAUCAAACCCACCACCUAAUUAACAAGGAGGUCUUAUUGGCACUGGGAAAAGAGGGAGUCAUCAUCAAUGUUGGGCGAGGAGCCAUUAUUGAUGAGAAGGAAAUGGUGCAGUGUUUGGUGCAAGGCGACAUAGGAGGUGCUGGUUUGGAUGUGUUUGAGAACGAGCCUAAUGUUCCUAAAGAGCUCUUUGCCUUGGAUAAUGUUGUACUGUCGCCACAUAGAGCUGCAUUUACUCAUGAGACUCUCGCAAGUAUGCGUGAACUUGCGGUAGGGAAUUUGGAAGCAUUCUUCUUGAACAAACCCUUACUUUCUCAAGUCAUGGAUAAUUAAAUAAUCGGUAAUUAUUCUCACAUACAAUGGCUAUAGUGU